GAGAGAAGCUUCUCUUUUGAUUCUCUCGCUCUCUCUCUUCAUCGCCUCUUGGAGCUUCGAUGGUUGGAAAUAUUCUGGUAACCGGCGGUGCUGGUUACAUCGGAAGUCACACGGUUCUUCAACUUCUUCUCGGCGGCUACAACACCGUUGUCAUCGACAACCUCGAUAAUUCCUCUCUCGUUUCGAUCCAACGCGUCAAGGAUCUCGCCGGAGAUCAUGGAAAAAAUCUCACCUUCCACCAGGUGGACCUUCGCGAUAAACCCGCACUUGAGAAGGUUUUCUCCGAAACAAAGUUUGAUGCAGUCAUGCAUUUUGCUGGAUUGAAAGCAGUAGGCGAGAGUGUGGCGAAACCGCUUCUGUAUUAUAACAAUAACUUGAUUGGGACUAUUACACUUUUGGAAGUAAUGGCUGCACACGGAUGUAAAAAACUUGUAUUUUCUUCGUCCGCUACUGUGUAUGGCUGGCCAAAGGAGGUUCCUUGUACAGAAGAGUCUCCCCUGUCUGGGAUGAGUCCUUAUGGACGGACUAAGCUGUUCAUCGAGGACAUUUGCCGUGAUGUACAACGUGGUGACCCUGAAUGGAGAAUCAUAAUGCUGAGGUACUUUAACCCUGUGGGAGCUCACCCUAGCGGUCGUAUUGGUGAGGAUCCUUGUGGGACUCCAAAUAAUCUCAUGCCGUAUGUCCAGCAAGUCGUUGUUGGGAGGCUACCUAACCUAAAAAUUUAUGGAACCGACUAUACCACUAAAGAUGGCACCGGUGUACGAGACUAUAUUCAUGUUGUUGAUCUAGCAGAUGGCCAUAUAUGUGCGCUUCAAAAGCUAGACGAUACUGAAAUAGGUUGUGAGGUAUACAACUUGGGAACCGGAAAAGGAACAACGGUGUUGGAGAUGGUUGAUGCAUUUGAAAAAGCUUCUGGAAUGAAAAUCCCACUGGUGAAGGUUGGAAGGAGACCAGGUGAUGCAGAAACCGUCUAUGCGUCAACAGAAAAAGCUGAACGCGAACUAAACUGGAAGGCAAAUUUUGGAAUCGAAGAAAUGUGUAGGGACCAAUGGAACUGGGCAAGCAACAAUCCCUUUGGAUACGGUUCUUCACCAGACACAACAUAACAAAGCUAAUACAUCCAACACUCCAUUUUCUUUAUUUGGGUCUUCGGCUCUCAUCUUUAUGUUACACACUCAGGUUUUAGCUUCGAAGCCAAAACACAGUGAGGGAGAAGUUACUUCUCUAUUCAUAUAUCUGCUUUCUCCUUUUGUAAUUUAUAUAUUAUUUACACGCAUAGGUUUAACUUAAGUGGAUUCUUUUGUUUAUUAAUCUCUCUUAGGAAAUUAUGUUUCAGGGAUCAUAUUUGUAUCAAAUAGAAAUUGAAUUCAUUU